AUGGAUGAUCCAUUCGAGCAAGUUCUCAAUGAUACCCAUGAACAGACGAACCGAUUGUUACAAUAUUUGGACGGGAACCAUCAAAUCGAUGCUGAGAUAAGGGACAUUUUCGUUGACCUGGAGGAAACCGUUCAGGAGCUGGAUUCUAGCGUUCUGGUUAUGAAAAGAGAUGGGAUUGUGGCUGACAGCGUAGUAAUGCAGCGAGAAGAAGCCAUGCAAAGUUUGAAACGGGAUGUGGCACGACUAAAAUUGCAAAUACCAGCGGAUCGUCUGCAAACUGAUUCCGGGUCUCUUCAGUUGGAUACAGACACUUCUGACGUACCGUCCGAUGCUCAGAACGACAAUCCUAUGCAACAGCAGAUGCUGCAAGAGCAAGAUCAGCAUUUGGACACAAUCCAGCAGAGCAUGCGUAAUCUACAUCUACAGGCCAGCACCAUGGGUCAGGAACUCGAAGAUCAAGGUGUGAUGCUCGACGAGAUGGACGGGAACAUGGACAAUGUAAUGAGCAAACUGUCGCGUGGCAGAAGACAGCUGGAAUGGGUUUACGAGAAGAAUAAGGAAAAAUAUAACGAUUGUUGCAUAGGGUUGUUGAUCGUUGCGCUAGUCGUGUUGCUAGUGCUAGCAUUUGUGCUAUGA